AUGUCAUCAAAUGAAGCUGAUGGGUACCCAUAUCCAAAACGAAUUAAAAUAGAAAAUAAUCAUACAAGCGUAGAGAAAGAGGAGCAACCGCAGUUAGAACAAAGAACAUACCUUGUGGAUGAAUGUAGGAAGUCAUCAAGUAAACCUAUAUAUUUAUCAGAAGGAUCACUUCAUUUCAGUCAAAAUGCUUGGAGAUUAGAAAAGGAAAUCAGUGGUAGAGAAAGAAAAACUAACUUGUGUGAGUUUAUAGAUUUUAAACCUUGGACUAAUGAAAAAUUGCAAUGCAGGCUAUUAGAAAAUAAACUGUUCACUAAAAAAUGGAAUAUUGAAAAUGAAGAGCAUAAUAUUAUAAGAGAUGACUGUUUAUUGAAUGUAAAUGGACAUUCUUCUGAAGCUGGAUUAUACCACUUGUGGAAUGUAAACAAAACCAGCAACAAUAUAGCAGCAGUAAGUAAUAAAACAGACAAUGAUAGUGAGCUUACAUUAAAUGCUUCACUUUCAUCUUUAAACACAGAUUUGUUUCAGGUAAAAACAUCAAGUCAGAAAAUUGGUACUGAUAACAAGUGGAAAGAACACCAGCUUUUAGAUGCUCCAUUUUUAUGUGGCAUUAAUUCUACAUUUUCUGAAAUAAAGAAUGACAGAAACAACUGUUUAAAAAAAUUGCCCACUGAAGAAAAUAAAGAUCAUUAUGGUAAUGAGAGUGAAUCUGUUGAACAACUAAGAAACAUAAGUAAAUGUUCUACUGCUUCAAAUACAUUAAAUAGUAACAUGUUAUCAACUAAUUUGAAGGAGAUAGAACAGAGGAAUUUUAAACAUCAAACAUAUGUGAUGCAAUCUGAAAAGAUUUACUGUUCCCAAAACAUAUCUAUGAUAAGGAAACAAAAGUUUCAAAAUGAUAACAAUAUUGUGAAUACUGCUAGUGUUUGUUCUGAAUUUUAUGAAAGUAACCACCAAUCUGUUAGUAAGCAAAAGACUUUGGCUUUAGCAGAAGAAGGAGAAAAAAUAACUGAGACUAAUUUAAGGAACAACAUCAAUAGUGUCAAGUGUAAUCAAAUGUUUGCUAAAAGGAUUGUCGAGGAGAAAGAGCUAGGAAAUGCAGAAGGUGAUGAAGACCAGGAACCAAACAUAUACCUAAGUGUUCACACAUACUUUGGUUCUAGAACACCUCAAAGUGAUGAAUGUAUCAACUCUACCAAUAUUUUGAAAAGAACAUGGGGAAAAGUCAGUUAUGAGGAUGUGACAUUUAAUAUACAAGAAACAACUGUUCCAUUGAUAUCAGAAGUACUAAGGAACAGAGAUUUAAACAUAAAUUAUGACAUGCAUUGUGCUAACUGUAACAGGAUUUUACAUGAAUCAGAAUUAAAACUUUCUAUAACAAAAAUACUUGACAUCAAAAGAUACUUAUCUAAAAGUGUUCUCACCGAAGGCAAUUGCCCCUAUAGUACUACACAGGAUUUGCCAGAUACAAGAGACAAUAUAUUGAAGCAGAAGAAGCUGACUAAACUAAAAAUCUUCUUUCAUGAUAUGUUAUUAGGAGGUCUGAAGACAAGACCUGGAUCUUUAAAUAAAGAUGUGCUUAAAUAUCAAGAAAAUGACAGUAUCAUAGGCUGGUUUCAUUUGUAUGAAAAGUUAAAGUCAAUAGAACAAUACAGCAUUCCAGAGCUAAUAACCAGUAUUAAUAACAAUAGUACACAUAUUUAUUUGCAAGUUACUGUUUCAGAACAGCAAAAUGUGAACCCAAUAAAAUCAGACCUUGCUUUUCCCCCCUAUAAUAUAAAUUGUUUACAUCCAGCUGAAGAAAAAUGUAUACCAGUGGAGAAAAAUCCUUUCUAUUGCAGAAAACCAGUUAAGAGAAACUCACACAUAAAUAAUAGUUUGAAAGGAAACACAGAAUCUCAGCAAAAAUACACAACUUAUCGAGAAAAGUUGAAAACUUUGCAUUCUGUUUUAAGUGAAAAUAAAAAACACAGAAGCAGGAGAAUCACAAAUAGUGUGAACUUUGCACAUGAAGCCACAAAUCUUAUUCCAAAAUAUUUGAGAACCGCUAACAAGGAAAACUCUGACAAAAAAGAGUAUGGCAAUUGUAGAGAAUUGCAAAAAAAUUGCUGUAGCAGUCUUCCAAAAAUACCCUUUUUUUCUAUUUUUGACACAUAUGAAAAAAUUCCUCUCAGUACUGAUUCUGAGGAAAUGGAUCAGAUUCCACUUGUAAAGCAAAUUAAUCCUAAUAAUGAAAAAUACAUUGAAGAAAGUACAGUUGCUAGUAUAAAAAAUAUUCACACUGUCCCUGCUAAAUCAGAUGUUUGUAUUCUACCUGAAUUGUCAACAACAUCCAUAGUAAAUGGUAACUCUGAGUUACUACCAGACAGUAGAAAUAGUCAACAUUUAGAAAAUGAAAGAAAAUAUGUACACUUUCUAAAUACUGGUUUCAAUUAUGGAAACAUAUUUCACUGUUUCUUAGACAAUGGCCAGUGUUCCACUUUACCAUUCUCUUGUGGCCCUUUUACAGAUAAAGAUGUAGUACUAAAAACUGAAGAGGGACAUUGCAGGAGUUCCUUGAGUGAUGACACAGAAAAAUUGUGUGAAGAAAUGAACAGCAUUUUACAAUACCAAAUUGUGAGAAGUUCUGAAGUAUCUAAUAAUAAAAUGUAUUUUAAGGUUCAGAGAGAAGAAACAAUGACUUUUUCUCUAGAUGAAGACAUUCAGAAAGAUAGAAAUUUUUGCACACUCAAUUCAAAGCCAAUGACUAUAAAACAAAAUCUUGAAGAUUUACAAGAGGUGGGAGAAAUAAGUUCUGGGCAACAUUAUAUAACUAACAAAAAUCAGCAUCAGACUAUACUGCAUGGAAGUAGAUCAACUAAUUUAAUUUUGUCAUAUUCAAAAGAUGAAUCUGCAAUAUGUGUUGCAUCAGGAGACAAAUUAAUACCACAUUUAUCCAUAAUGGACAAUGGAUGUUUUGAAGAUAUGACAGAUCAGCAUUUACCUUCAGAAAGUAAAAACAUAUUUGAAUUUGAAAUGAAGAGCAAAUUUGAUUUAGUGUUGGAAGAGCUUUGUAUGUUUCAUGAAAUUAGUAAGGAACAUGAAAAUAAGCUAUCCAAAGUAGAAAAAAACACUACACAAGAAAAUCCUCAAGAAUUGAAUAAUUCUGAAGGGAUAGAUGAAAAUUUAAAAAGUGUUUCUCAAACAAAAGUAUGCAUUUCCUUUCCAAUCUAUGGUACUACAGCAGGGCAAAAUAUAACUAAGAAUAACCAAAGUUCAUGUAAAGGAAAAAUAUUAAAUAGAAAUGUAAAGCAAAAAGUACCUCAUGAGUUCUGUUCUUCAAGUGUGUCAGAUGAAGAAUUGCUCUAUUCACUUUCUGAAGAAGACUAUGUUGAUUCAGGUUGUAAAAAUCGAUUCCCAUGGGACCCUGUUUUUUUGUCUCACACAUUUAUGAAGGAAAGACGUGAUGGUUUACAGAAAGAAAGAGGAAACUAUUUGUCACAUGAAAUUAUAAGAGUGCAGCCUCUUAAAACAUGCAGUGGCCCUAUCAGGAUUGGGCUGUCAAGAAAAGCUAAGCCCAAAAAGCUUCACCCAUAUCUGAAAUAA